CACGCCACAGACACACAGUGACUACUGAACUCAUCCACAUCCAGACUGAGGCUGUUCCAACAUUCAGAAGACUUGGACAGACUUGCCCUGGGUCUGGCCUGUGUUUUCACCUGUAAUAACCCUCCUACCUCCUACCUCCUACCCUGGCAAGGGGUCUGGUCUAGAGCUCAAGCUUUAACAGUGAGGACAUCAUUCAGUAUUCACUUCCAGUUGGAUUGGACCAAACUAAAACCAAACUACUCAGAUUGACACUUUUACAGAUUGCAUAUGCUUCACUUCCUCUUCCCUCUAUUCAACAUUUCUUUAUAUGAUACAGACUUGCACUUGUUCACUUUGGUCUAGCUAUUGGGAAGAUCAGAAAGAGAGGGACCCCAGAACCUAUGCCUAUGAUCAUGAUCCUCAGUAACCAAGUACUACUCUGAUAGGUCAGACUGUCAGAGUCGACUCCACACUCAAUCAAAUAUAUUUUAGGUCUCCAGCUGUAUUAUAACUUGUGGCUUAACAUCAAGGACAAUCUCAAGAUGGAAUAUCUUUUGUUUGUUAAAUAGCAUUCCUCUGCAUACACAAUGUUUGUCUCUCUCAGUGUUUUAAACAAGCCCAUGACGUUCUAUUUUUUGAUUAAUCAUAAUUGCACAUUAGAUUAAGAUAUCAUGAGUCAAAUUAUGCUUUGACAUGACAGACUUAAUGUGAUCAUUAUUUUAAUGGCUCUCAGGAAAGUGCUCUGAUGUCCUUGUCUUCUCUCAGUGAACUUAACUGUCUGCAGUUUGUCUAUCAGUCUACUGUUCAGUACAGGGCAGGACAGUGUAUCAGUACUGUAAAGAGAACAGAUGGUUCCUAUAGCAGACAACAUGAACAUGACCCCAGAGCAUCCAACACAUAACUGCUCCAACUGCAGCCAGGCGUUUGUCCCAGAGCUCAAUGUGGUCAAGGCCGUGGUACUGGGACUGAUAUUUGGGACAAUUAUUGUAUGUGGGGUUUUUGGGAACAUCCUGGUUAUCUUGUCGGUGGUCUGUCAUCGACACCUACGAACAGUCACACACUACUUCAUCGUCAACCUAGCGGUGGCAGACCUCCUGCUGAGCUCCAUCGUUCUGCCCUUCUCUGCCACCUUUGAGAUCCUAGGGUACUGGGUGUUCGGACGCCCCUUCUGCAAUGUGUGGGCAGCAGUGGACGUGCUGUGCUGCACAGCCUCCAUCAUGAGCCUGUGUGUGAUCUCAGUGGACCGCUACAUCGGAGUCAGCUACCCGCUGCGCUACCCAGCCAUCGUGACAGAGCGCAGGGCACUGCUGGCCCUGGUUGGCCUGUGGGCUCUGUCUGUCACCAUCUCCAUUGGCCCUCUGUUUGGCUGGAAGGAGCCGGCGCCAGAAGACGAGUCUAUCUGUAAGAUCACAGAGGAGCCUGCCUACGCCAUCUUCUCUGCUGUGGGCUCCUUCUACCUCCCGCUGGCCAUCAUACUGUCUAUGUACUGCAGGGUGUAUGUGGUGGCCCGCCAGGAGAGCCAGGGCCUGAGAGAGGGGCACAAAACAGACAAGUCAGAUUCAGAGAGCGUAACGCUGAGGAUCCACCGCGGCAACACAGCCGUGUCUGAGGACGAGGCCCUGCACAGCCGCACACACUUCGCCCUGUGUCUCCUGAAGUUCUCCCGAGAAAAGAAGGCUGCCAAGACCCUGGGCAUUGUGGUUGGCUGCUUUGUGCUCUGCUGGCUGCCUUUCUUCCUGGUGCUGCCCAUAGGUUCCAUAUUCCCGGAAUACAGACCUUCGGACACAGUUUUCAAGAUCACCUUCUGGCUAGGCUACUUCAACAGCUGCAUCAACCCUAUCAUCUACCCCUGUUCCAACCAGGAGUUUAAGAAGGCCUUCCAGAGUAUUCUGGGAGUGCGCUGUCUGAGAGCCCAGCCCAGAGCCACUCAUCACCUGGGUCCAGCCCAGCUUCAGGGUCAUUCUCUCACUCUAAGACUAGAGGGCCGAGGGGACCCCUCCCGCCACAGCCCCUCCUCCUCCAUAGCCCUGUCCCGCACACCCUCCUCUAGGGAUGGCAGGGAGUGGAGGGUAUUCUCUGGAAGCUCCGCGGCAGGGUCUGGGACAGCGGUAGAGACAGGACGGGCUAAAGUGGCCCAACUGUGCAGUAAGAAUCUGCUGAAGACCUGCUGCUGCAUCAGAGACAGGAGCCUCAGCAAGGGGCCCAGCCAUCCCCAGCCCCCUCCACACGGGACCCUGCCCAUCAUUAAGAUCCACCAGCUGUCUUCGAGUGAAAAUGGAGAGGCUGUAUAACCAGAGAUAAUGAUGGAGUAAAUGAUUUGGAUCGUCUCUGGUAUGAAUACUGUAGCUCCUUUACUCUUAAACCAAACGAUGAUCCACCCUCAAGGUCCAGCGCUAUUAAAGGAAACUGAAGUGAAUAGUGAAUAAAUGUCUAUGCCCAGUGGAGUUUACAAGGAUGGAAUAAUAAUAAUAGCUGGAGAUGGUGGAAAUAUUUGAAUAUUCUGACUGCAGUUACACAAUGCCAGUGGAUUUGAAUUAAUGACUGAAGAAACGUUUUUGUACACUAAACCAAGGUUUUACCUUGAGAUGUUUAUACUUUUUAAGACUUGAACAUGAAUUCCCCCUGUGCACAUUCUCUCGGGCAGUCUUUGCCACUCUUCACACUUUAUUAUUCAGUUUAUUUAAAUAGUAAAGAAGAACAGUCCAAAUUACUAUGCUAAAGUCCCUAAGAGCUAAAUAUUGCCCCCUCCCGGUUUUUCACAGGGAGAUCCGUCAUUUUACUGGGAUCUACACUUUAGCUAUGUCAAUAUAUGUAUUAUUUAUUCCAGAUAUUCCUGAGAAGAUAUUGUGGUUUGUGAAGGUAUUUCCAAAGAAGGGCCAAAUUGUUUGCUCCUUGUGUAAUGUUUACAAGUUUUAAUAGGUCAAGUCUGUACAUAGGUUAUUGAUGGUAACCUCAUAUAUUGUUCAAAAUGAUUACCUUUCUCCCAGUGUCUUACCAUUUACCAAGCUCUUGUCCUGUUGUGAGAAUAGUGUAUAUGACUGUGUCUACAGCAGGCAGGAACCCAGGAGGAUACUGUCCUUCCAUGUCACGUAUUCCAAUAAAAUGAAUGAGAUAUUCUCCUUUUUUUUGUUGCAUUCUCAGUAAUUUCAUGAACACAUGUUUCAUAAACACGCAUGGACAAUAAUACUUUGUACUCCAACAUUCCCCUGAUACCCCUUUCCUCUACCAGAUAGAAGAUGAACUUCUGCCUGUGGAAUUCUGAGGGAUCGUUUCAUGGGUUUUGA